AGUUGGAAGGAUUGUAAUUUCAGAAAAAAAUUUCAAGUUCAAAAUUUUUCUUCUGCGCACAAUACAUAAUAAGAUGGAAUAAACUUUAGGUUUAAAGUGUGUUUGGUAAAAAAAUAAAUAAAUUCUAGCUUUCUUUUUCUUUUUUAGUUUUAGCUCUCGGCCUUCAUUUUAAUAGCUUGGAAAUUAAGAUAAAGUCAUGCUAACAAUGUUACAGGUGGGAAGAUGGUGAUGUUAAAGUCUGCAGUGAUGCAAUCCCUAAAAUCUUGAAAAAGACGCUUAAAUCGAGAAACAAGGACAUCAUAGGGUCGGGGGAGCGUAUGGGACAGUGUACAAGUCGAUGCUAAACGAGUCUACUGCACUGAAGUGGAUGAUGAUGCAGGAAGAUCAGGAGACAAUAAGCUAUUGGAUUGGCCAUCAAGAUAUAAGAUAGCACUAGGUGCUACAAGAGGAAUAUCAUACCUGCAUCAUGAUUGCAUCCCCCCACAUAAUUCACUGAGAUAUCGAGUCGAGUAAUAUAUUGCUGGAUCGAAACAUGGAAGCUCGAGUUUCUGAUCUCGGAUUGGCCACAUUGAUGGAACCUAAUAAGACUCAUGUUUCAACAUUAGUAGCGGGAACUUCUGGAUACUUGGCUCCUGAGUACUUUGAAACAGGGAAAGUGACCGUGAAAGUGGAUGUAUACAGCUUUGGAGUUGUCCUGCUCGAACUUCUAACUGGAAUGAAGCCAACAGAUGAAGAAUUUUUCGAGGAAGGAACCAAGCUUGUAACAUGGGUGAGUCUUCUGAAUUUAAUGAGCAUUUCUAGACUCUCUUGUGGGUGA